ACUAUGAUCGCAAACGGACGACAAAAAAUGUGGCGCCAUCGCACCGUAGCCGGUGUUCUCCUCCUGCUGGCCGUUGUGGGACUGUGCCACGCGUCGGAAUUGGAGCUCGAUGGUCGCGUGGUGGGCGGAACAGCGGCGGCGGCCAACAGUGCUCCCUACAUAGUGUCCCUGCAGUAUGGCGGUACCCAUUAUUGCGCUGCCAGCAUCCUGAAUGCCAACUGGCUGAUAACCGCUGCUCACUGCCUGGCCAACAGGAACCAGGUGCUGGGAAGCACCCUAGUGGCGGGCAGUAUUGCCGUGGCUGGAACAGCCAGCACUACCCAAAAACGGAGCAUCACACACUACGUGGUUAACGAUCUGUACACAGGCGGAACUGUGCCCUACGACAUCGGAUUGAUCUACACGCCUACCGCCUUCACAUGGACUGCUGCAGUGGCUCCGGUGAAGCUGCCAUCGGCCGGGGCCAAGCCAACUGGCAAGGCCACGCUCUACGGCUGGGGCAGCACCAGCAAAACCAACAGCCCCUCGUAUCCCAAGACUCUGAUGGUGGCCAAGGAUAUACCAAUCAUUAGUCUCGUCUCCUGUGCUGCGGCUCUGGGCUCCAAGGGCGUAGAUGUCCACACCACGAAUCUGUGCACUGGCCCCCUCAGCGGAGGUACCAGCUUCUGCACCUCAGACUCGGGAGGUCCUUUGGUCCAAGGCAAUGUCCUCAUCGGCAUCGUGUCCUGGGGCAAGCUUCCCUGUGGUCAGCCCAAUUCUCCUUCAGUCUACGUGGAGGUAUCUGCGUUUAAUUCCUGGAUUGCUGCCAACCAAAAGAUUUAAUUUGAAAUUUUUGUAAAAUAAAAUUUAAAUGGAAGCAAGUGAA